AUGGACAUUACAAAGGGCAGUCUGGAUGUCAUCUCUCGGCCAGCUUCCAGUGAGCGCUCUCGGCCUGGGAGUCGCGUGUCCAGUGUGGUCCUCUCAGAGGGUGUGAGAAUGAAUCAGGACAGAACCGGGGCCCUAGAGGUCCUCAGCACUGAGCUCUCUGAAACUCAGGAUCAACAGAACAUAGAGGAGAAUAACUUGAACUACCCAUCAGAAAACUUAACCCCUGACCAAGGGAUUCGGUGUUUUACUGAUGUAUCUGAGGAGGAGAAUAAAGAUCCAGAGUUGCAAAAAGCCAUCAUGAAAAUGAAAAAACUGGACAGAAUACUGGCUACCAAGAUCUCCAAUGAAAAAGAAGUCAAAAAGCAAGGCAGAGAGCUCCAUCAGAGACUCUGGAAGGAGCUAAAGGAUCAUAAACCUGAAAGGAGUUCAGAGUGCACUGAUGAAACAGAAAAUACAAGGUUGUUCCUAACACUUACCUCCAACACCUCCAAGGAUUGCAGUGAAGAGCUGGACUAUGUACCUUUGUUUGGGACCCAAGUUCCAGAUCAAGAGAAUGACAUAAACUGCAGACCUGGAAAUAAAGUUCCUGAGUCAGAGGUUGGAGUGCAUGGCAAAUCCUCAAACUCUGUUAAAGUGGGUCCUGAAGUGAAAGAAGUCAAGCAGACAGAAAGCAGGCAGCGUAUGAUGUGCAAGGGCAAGCAUAGACAAGAUUUCAUCAAGAAAAACAUUGAGCUCGUCAGUAGUGCAGGAAGCUUGGGGCCAAUGACACUGGAAGAGAAAGAACGAUUAGAGGAACUCCUCAAGGACAUAGAUGAAGAGGAGACUUGUGUUGCUCUAAGUGCCAAACCAGAGACAGACUUUUCCAUGUGUGCCGUGUCCACAACACUGGGUGAGGGUUAUACACCCCAAGCAUCUGAACUUGACCAACUCUUUCACAUUGAUGCCAAAUUGCAGCUUCUUCUUCCUGUUCAGGAAUUUCUGUCUGUGCGAGGCCCCUAUGGUUACUGCAGCUUUUCUCAGGACAAAAGGGCUGGAGAACUGGGCGAGAGGAUCCUGCGGGACAUGAAGGAGUCAAGAGAGCAAGAGGAGUGUCUGCAUGAAAUCCAACAGCAGCUGCGGCUCCUCACACAGAGACAACACCCAGAUAGUUUGAGUGAAGAGCAAAUGAAGAGCUUGCUGGUGGAAUGUGAGAUGGCCUUGAGCAGAAGUUCUGAUUCAGGUACAGAAGAUUUCUCUGUCCCCAAACCCUACUGUCCUGUAGAAGGUCAAAUAAUGUCUCUGCUGGCCAGCACACCCCGUCUAUCCAGUUCUGCUCUCUCAGAGUUGCUUCAGGAAUCUUGUGGAAACCCAACCAGUCCUGACCCAGAGCUAAGAGCUCAGCAGCAAGAAGCACAAGUGAAGCUGCAGUCCUGAGGAGAAAUUCAAAAGAAGUGUGGUAAAUAGUAUAAAAAAUAUAGUCUGUAGGACCCAGAAUGUUUUAUAUAACAAUGAUUCUGUUGUAAUGUGUUUGUUACAAUAUUUCCCAAUAAGUGCAAAAUAAUGCAAAAGG